CUGUUCAACUAAAAUCACCCUAAAAACAGAGACUCAUUGGGAUAUACUUGAAUAUGAGUAAUACAUAUUUUCAAGAUUGUUCGAGUACUAGGGAUUACGAAUGGUCACAUGAAAAUAUUUAAUGAUUGUGGCCAGAUUGAGUGAAGCUUGCCAGUAAUAUUUUUAUGCACUAGUAAUGAGCGAAAGAUCAAUGUGAGUGGAACCAUUCAGUGGAUUACACUGGCAGAAACUGUUGAAGCAGUAAUACCCAUCGAAACUACCGGCACUUAAUUUACAUAUGUAAGAGUUAACGGGAACUUAUGCAGCUUUUUCAUCUACCCAUCAUAGUUCAUAAAAAAAUGGCAGAAAAAGUGAAUGAAGUGGCUCCAGUCUUAAAUGACGAACAUUUGCAAAGGGACUAUGGGACUUUAUUCAAUCCCAACUCGAUAGAUUCCAAUCAAGUGCAAUUGAGGUAUCCUAAAGCCGUGAUAUUUGUGUUACUCUCGAAGUUGCUUGAGUCAUUUGUUGCAAACGGUGUACGAACUGUGUUCGUGACGUAUCUCCAUAAUUCGCUCAACUUUAGCCAAGAAUCGGCUACAAAUUAUUUUCAUAUUUUCAAUUUUUUCGGCCAACUUUGUCCGAUUUUUGGGGCCAUUGUCGCAGAUAAUUACUUGGGAAAUGUAAAAACGAUAUUCUAUCUAUUUUUUUUAUAUGCCACUGGCUGGAUUGCCAUGUCGAUCCUAACAUUUCCACUUUCACUUGCAUCAGCAACCAGCAUACCGUUGAUCAUAACAGCGUUGAUAGUAAUUGCAAUUGGCAAUGGCAGUAUUCGCGCCUGCGUCACGAGUUUGGGCGGAGCUCAGUUUGUGUUGCCCAGGCAAUCUAGGGAUUUGGAUCGUUACUUUUCACAUUAUUAUUUCGUGUAUACGCUUGGAAUUCUACUUUCGAAAAUUAUACCCCCGGAAAUCGAGAAGCGAACGCAUUGCUUUGGGAAAACUGAAUGUUACUCCGCUGUUUUUGGGUCUCUCGGAGUUGUUUUCUUAGCAGCUUGGCUUGUAUUUUUACUGGGUAUGUCCUUGUACAAACGAGAAGUGGUCGCUGAAUCAACAAAUAAUUUAUUGUUUCAAGUCUUUGGCUGUAUUUACGCGGGUGUUAAACAUAAACUUAAAAAUGUGCGUCAUCAUACAUGGAUCGAUGGAACAAAAGACCAAUACACAACACGAUUUAUUGAAGAUGUCUGCACUGUUUUGAAGGUGUUGAAAUUAUUUAUUCCGUUACCAAUGUAUUGGGCUUUAUAUGCUCAAAUCGAUUCAACUUGGACGUUUCAAUCAUCGCAAAUGAAUACGACAGUGUUUGGCUACCCAAUUGCGUCUGAUGAAGCCAAAGCAGCCGCUCCAUUUCUGCUUCUAAUUUUAAUACCCAUUUGGGAGAAACUUAAUCCCUUGAUCCGUGCAAUAAACAUUGAAAUAUCACCUUUGAAGAGUAUGGCAAUGGGUGGAUUAAGUGCUGCGCUUUCAUUUUUCUGUGCAGCAAUUUUGCAGCUGUAUAUUGAGAGUCACACUUCAACGGACAAUUCUAGAUUGUCAAUAUUUUGGCAGAUACCACAGUUUUUACUGUUGAUGUUUGGGGAGGUUUGGCUUUCCAUACCCGGGUUGAAUUUCUCAUUCACACAAUCACCGCCUUCGAUGAGAUCGGUCAUGAUGGCAGCCUGGUUCUGUAAUAAUGCCUUUGGAAAUUUAAUUGUGAUUUUGAUUAAUGAGAUACGUCCAUUUCAGCUAUAUAGUUGUGUUUACUUUUUAUAUGGAUCUCUUAUGUUUAUCUCCGUGAUUACAUUUUCUUGGCUCGCCCGAUAUUAUCAUUACGUAAACUACAAUGAAUUCCAUAAAAGCGACCAAAAUGCAAACGUUGUAAGGCGAUCUAGCAUUGUGUCAAUUUGAUGAUCUUAUAUCAAUUUUCCACGUGACUUAAAUGUUGAUGCUUUAGGAUCUCAUUUCCAGUCAUAUGAAAAUGUUAUAGUUAUUUUGAAGUUUGGAUAAUGAAAAUCCAAUUUCGUGAACUUUUCGAAAAUCGUGAAUUCGAACAAUAAAUUGUGUGUUUGUUCGGAAGUGAAUUUCCCUACAAACGUAGGUAUAAUCACUUAUCCGAAAAGUGUGAUGUCCAAAUGUCUGAAAAGGUUUGUCGGAUUCUAUUUUAUUGAACUAAAUUGCUUUAGUUUUUCUUCAAACAAACAAUGUGAAAAUCUUUGGAUAAAAAUAUAGGGCCUGAUCAUUGUUGAGCAUUUAUUUUUAUUUCAGUUAAUUUAUCAAAAGUUAUACAUAUCUCAAACAACUUUAGUAUACUUUUGCACCUUGAUAAAUAUUUUGGCUAUAAUUUUUUUUCUAUGAGGACAUAUGUGGAGUUAUGUAAUUUUAUAAUUUUUUAAAUGAGUGGUCAUAUAUUUAAAUCAAGCAAAGUAAUCGAAUUACCCAUCAAGCGCUCAACAUAACCUAGAGUUCGUUACCAAACAUUGAAAUCCAAACAGGAAGAAGACAGGAAUAAGAAAAAACUUUCCAAUCUGGCGUUGUAAAUGUUGUCAUUUCAGAGUUGUCAAAUUCCAACUAGAGUUGAAUGAAUUACAAAAUCGUCGGCAAUGACAACAUUUAUAACGCAGGAUUGGAAAGUUUUUAAUAAAAGAAAACAGAGACCCAAUUAUGAUUGCGUUGGUUUUAUUUUUUUACCGAGAGUGUUUUUAUAAUAAAAUUCUUAUAUUAGAUCUAAAAAAAUACAUACAACUUUCAAUUAGAUCAUAGUUUAGAGACUAAUUGGGUUUUCACUUGCUAAACCUAAAACUUAAAAUUUGAUUUUGAAUAAAUGAUGACAAAAACAAAAUGUG